AUGUGGAGUUCAAGCAGGGAGGAACCGAGUGAAUCUUUUCCAUUCUCCACAUCCGUCUUCAAUUUCUCUUCCGGAAAUCCUAGAAUCGAAGAAACUCGCGGCCUCAUGCACUUCUUCCCCGAAGAAUCUCCUCCUUCUCUUCCGGUCGAACGGAAACCACUGGCAUGUGUUCUUGGAGUACCCAAUCACAUGACGUAUGCGGAUUUCUGCCAAUUCUGUGGCUCCUUUAUUCACCACAUUCUUGAAAUGCGUAUUGUCAGAAUGGAUUCAAUGGAAGAUCGAUACAGUGUUUUGAUUCGCUUCGAUGAACAGCAAUCGACUGACGCGUUCUACACUCAUUAUAAUGGUCGACGGUUCUCGUCUCUCGAGGUUGAGGUGUGCCGAGUUGUUUUUACAUUAGAUGUUCAAUAUACAGGCUCGAUUGAACACGCGCAACCUUCCAAUGCCCCUUCAACCGAACAGCCAACAUGUCCAGUUUGCCUUGAGCGAUUAGAUCAAGACACAAGUGGAAUUCUUACAACCAUAUGCAAUCAUUCUUUCCAUUGUUCCUGUAUUUCAAAAUGGGCAGAUUCUUCUUGUCCGGUAUGCCGCUAUUGCCAACAGCAAGCUGAAAAGUCUAUAUGUUUCAUUUGUCAAACCACUGAGAACCUUUGGAUAUGUGUUAUAUGUGGUUUUGUCGGUUGUGGAAGAUAUAAAGGAGGGCAUGCCAUAAUACACUGGAAAGAGACGCAACAUUGCUAUUCCUUAGAAGUGGAAACUAAGCGCGUCUGGGAUUAUGUGGGAGACAACUAUGUUCAUAGACUUAUUCAGUCCAAAACUGAUGGGAAGUUAGUAGAGCUGAACUCUCACUGUGUGCAUGCAGACAGUGGAUGUGGCAGCUGUGGAGAUAAUGCCAUGAGAGAGGCUAUACUUAAUAGUAAAGUCGAAGCUAUUGUCAAUGAAUACAAUGAGUUGCUUGCUACUCAACUCGAAAACCAAAAAUUGUAUUUUGAAUCCUUAUUACAACAAGUUGAACAAGAAACUGAAGGAAAAAUUUCUGUAGCUGUUCAAAAGGCUGUGAGUCUCAAACAGCAAAAGAUUCAGUCCAAGAUCGAUAGAUUUAACAAAGAGAAGAAAUUUCUGGAUGAGCUUAAUGACAAUCUUUUGAAGAAUGAGGAGAUCUGGAAAGCCAAGAUACUUGAGAUUGAAGAGAGAAAGAAAAAAACUUUAAAACGGACUGACUAUAAGAUAACGGGCCUAGAAAAGCAGCUUAGUGACCUCAUGGUUUGUCUUGAGGGUGGGAAGGUGGUAGAACAGCUGCCAUUGCUAAAUGACACAACUGGUGGAACUGUCUCUGACAUUUCAAAAGAAUCCUCAUCAACUUGUAGUUCUUAG